CUUGAUCUAUGAAUCCUAAUUCGAAAAGAUCUUGAAAUUUUGAAUUUUUUCAGGAAAAAAUAUGAAUUUCCCCUUUUAUUGUUGAUUUAAUUAAAGCUUAAUUUUGUUGGAGUUACAGCAGAAGAUCGAGCUGCGAGAUAUUUUCGAUUCUGGGUUUGUUUCUUCCUUUCUCGUGCCGGGGAUUUCGCAGGAGGAAGAUGUCGUCGCCGGACAUUGCCGGAAUCCUGGACAACACGAAGGAGCUCGAUCGGUUAAGGAAAGAACAAGAGGAAGUUCUUGUGGAGAUCAAUAAGAUGCAUAAGAAGCUCCAAGCUAGUCCUGACAUAGUGGAGAAGCCUGGUGAUAUUUCAUUGUCAAAGCUUAAAAAUUUGUACAUUCAGGCUAAAGAGCUUUCGGAAACUGAAGUAACUGUAUCGAACAUUCUGCUUGCUCAAUUGGAUGCCCUGCUUCCAUCUGGACCAACUGGACAGCAACGCAGAAAAAUAGAAGGCACCGAUCAGAAGAGGAAGAGAAUGAAAGUUGAUUCAGAUGUAACAAGACUUUCUCCUUCCAUGAGAAAUCAAAUUGAGGCAUAUGCCAGUCUAAAGGGUGAACAGGUAGCCGCAAGGGUCACGGCAGAAAAUGCCGAGAAUGAUGAGUGGUUUGUGGUAAAAGUAACUCAUUUCGAUAAAGAAACCAAAGAAGUGGAAGUACUUGAUGAAGAACCAGGGGAUGAUGAAGAAGGGGGCGGGCAGAGGAAGUACAAGUUACCGAUGUCGUGUAUUUUACCGUUCCCCAAACGGAAUGACCCUUCUAGCACCCAAGAGUUUCCUCCCGGGAAACACGUCUUGGCUGUAUAUCCCGGAACAACAGCUCUCUACAAGGCAACUGUCAUAAGCACCCCGAGAAAGAGGAAGUCUGAUGAGUACUUGCUUGAAUUCGACGAUGAUGAGGAAGAUGGAGCUCUACCUCAAAGAACAGUGCCCUUCCACAAGGUGGUGGCUUUACCAGAAGGCCAUCGCCAGUAACGACAAUGUCUCCACGGAUCACCAGUCACUGUACAUAAUCACCCAAAAAACCAAAAGAAUAUCAGAGGAUUCCGUAUUAUAGUAAUGCAGUAUAUACGAGAUUUAACCUAGGUUUUCUGCAUUGCUUAUUAUAAUACCCUUGUAUUAAUAUUUCGCAUGUGCAUAAGGCUCGGUUAUCUGACUGGAAGAAUGUCUCCGGGAACUUGCAGUUGGUGCAUUGAGACAGGUUCUUGUGAUUGUGAAUGUGUAUGAUUCAGUUUCAGGCAAGACUUGAAGUUCUUGCCUUUGUCUCAAGUGGGGGUGAGAUGAGAGUAUUGGUAAUAAGACUUUUGAAUGUGUGUGGAUCAAAAACAAAGGGAAACAUAUUAUUUAUCCACUUGCCAUUUUAA